GGUAGGCGCGCGUCGGGCGGCUGCCGUGGCGGCUUAGGUAUCGGUUGUCUCUUGGCGGCGAGAGUAGCUCAACUUGCUUCUCCAGUUCCUACCCUUCCUCAAGUGGGAAACUCAGGAGACCAAGCAGAGGCAACUGUACUUCGGAUGGUCAGGCCCCAGGAUACUGUGGUGUUUGAGGACCUGUUUGUGAACUAUACUCAGAAGAUGAAAUGUCCCACACUCAGCCAGAGAGCAAUGCACUGGAACAUGAUGCCAGAAAAUGACCACAGCAUGGCUUCCUUGGCAAGUAGAAACAUGAUGGAGUGUUCGGAGUUGACUCUGAAGCAGGAAAUUUUUAAAGGAUCAGAGUCAUCUAAUAGGACAUCAGGGGGACUCUUUGGGGUGGUUCCUGGGGGAACAGAGACUGGAGAUGUUUCUGAAGAUACUUUGAAAGAGUUAGAAGGACAACUGUCAAAUGAAGAAAGGAACAGACUAGAAAAUGAUUUCUUGGAAAUAACAGAUAAGGAUAAGAAAAAAUCCACAAAAGACAGAUAUGAGGAAUAUAAGGAAGUUGGGGAACAUCCACAUCUAUCUUCCAGUCCUCCUGAACAUGAAGGAGUUUUAAAGGGACAGAAAUCCUAUCAGUGUGAUGAAUGUGGCAAAGCUUUUUAUUGGAGUUCACACCUCAUUGGUCAUCAGAGAAUCCACACUGGAGAGAAACCCUAUGAGUGUAACGAGUGUGGGAAGACCUUCAGGCAAACCUCUCAGCUCAUUGUUCAUCUCAGAACCCACACAGGGGAAAAACCCUAUGAAUGCAGCGAGUGUGGAAAGGCCUAUAGGCACAGCUCCCAUCUCAUUCAACACCAGAGACUCCAUAAUGGGGAGAAACCCUAUAAAUGUAAUGAAUGUGCAAAAGCUUUUAAUCAGAGCUCCAAACUCUUUGACCACCAGAGAAUCCAUACUGGGGAGAAACCUUAUGAGUGUAAGGAGUGUGGGGCAGUCUUUAGUCGGAGUAAGAAUCUUGUUCGACAUCAGGUCCUUCACACUGGUAAGAAACCUUACAAAUGUAGUGAGUGUGGGAAAGCGUUCUGUUCCAAUAGAAAUCUCAUUGACCAUCAGAGAACCCACAGUGGGGAGAAGACUUAUGAGUGUAAUGAAUGUGGUAAAGCCUUCAGUCGGAGUAAAUGUCUUAUUCGACAUCAGAGCCUUCACACUGGGGAAAAGCCAUACAACUGUAGUGAAUGUGGGAAAGCCUUCAAUCAGAUCUCUCAGCUCAUUGACCAUGAGCGAAUUCAUACUGGAGAAAAACCAUUUAAAUGUAGUGAGUGUGGUAAGGCAUUCAGUCUGAGUAAAUGUCUUGUUCGGCACCAGAGACUUCACACAGGUGAAAAGCCCUAUAAAUGCAAUGAGUGUGGAAAAUCCUUCAAUCAAAACUCGUACCUCAUUAUACACCAGAGAACUCACACUGGUGAGAAACCCUAUGAAUGUAAUGAGUGUGGGAAGGUCUUCAGUUAUAAUUCUAGUCUUACGGUACAUCAGAGAACCCAUACUGGGGAAAAACCUUAUAAAUGCAAUGAUUGUGGGAAAGCUUUUAGUGACAGCUCACAGCUUACCGUGCACCAAAGAGUUCACACCAGAGAGAAACCUUAUGAAUGUAUUGAGUGUGGGAAAGCCUUUAGUCAGCGUUCCACUUUUAACCACCACCAGCGAACUCAUACCGGAGAGAAGCUCUCAGGGCUGAGUCGGUCAUCUUCUUAAG